CACACAACAGGCAAGCAAGCUAGUGGUGGUGGUGGUGGGUUAGGGGGGUUAUUGAUCGGACAAAGGACCUUCCCUUUCCUUCCUGCCUGUCUUUCCUUCUCGAAGCACUCCCCAAACUGACCGCGUGCAGCUUUACUUCCCUUCUACAUUCAGUCACAGUCGCGAGCAAGUCGUUCCUCGCGCAACUCAACUUUUCAAACUUUUGUUUUCGCCGCGCCGGGAAGUUUUUAAUAACUUUACAUUACGAGUGAAAGUGUGCGUGGUAAAAAGUGCUCUGAUUGGUCGUUGUUUCGCGCCAAUACGAAACAGUGGGUGGAGCCAUCGAAUUAUCUGCUGUAUUUGUGAAUCAACUCAUACAACUACCAUACAAGAACAAACGAGAUAAUAUUUUUUAAAGGAAAAAGUUAUACGGAGAAAGUUAUUUCUCCAAGAGGUGGUGAUCGACCCCACGAUGGCCGCGAAGGGCAUGGUCCCCGUGAAGAGGCCAAUUCGACAACUGUCUGUGAGAGAAAAACUGGAUGCCAUUCAGCGGGUGCAUAAUGGGGAAUCAAAGGCGUCCGUGGCCCGCGAUAUCGGGGUGCCAGAGUCGACGUUGCGGGGUUGGUGCAAGAGUGAAGAUAAGCUCCGGAACGUCGCUCGUUCUUGCGGUACCCCAGAAUCACAGCACUCCGUGGAGGAUCCCGACAACAACAAAGACAAUAUCAAAAGCGUGGGGGCAGGCGAGGCAAGAGUGGGAGGUGGAGGAGACGACGUCACUGACGGCGGCCCAUCUGACCGGAAGAGAGCGCGCCCGGAGGCAGAAGUGAACCACACGAAAACGGCACAGCCACAACUGAAACCUCAACCCGAACUCGACGAGGCUUUGUGGUACUGGGUAAAACAGCAGCAAGUGGGCCUGUCUAUGAGUGCUGGCCAAUUGUUGGACAACAAAGGGGCUGCUACCGAUCUCAACAAGAACGGCGUGGCCGAUGGCAGUUGGUUCUGGCGAUGGUACAAGCGUCAUGGUUUCUCACAGUAUCCUGAUCCCCUCCAGCAGGUAGAGAAGAAGGUAAACAGUGAAAUUCUGGCCCCGGGACUCCAGAAAGCCAAUGGUCUCCUGAUACCACUUGCUAACAAUGCUAAUACUAAUGCCCGAUCGACCCUGGAUAGUGUACUGUUGAAUGCGAAGGACAAUAACAACGUAAAACCCCCAGGAAAAACAGAGGACUCCGAUGACGACGAGGAUGAGGAUGAACCGCCAGCAACGGCAGCUGAGGCAGUCAGCCAUGGUGAGAAAUUCCUUCGUUGGCUUGAAUGUUGCUCCGAUCCGAGUGUCACCGCUAUGCAGAUCUUGCAGUUUCGGUAUCUGCUAAACAAUGUUCGUGCCUGCGCUGACCGACGAGCCAAGCAAACCAAGACGAAGACACGUUCCAGACGCAAGUAGGUUUGAGCCCUUCCACCUGCUGUCAGUGUUACCAUCUACCGUACCUAUUGUCAGUACUGUAGAACCAAGAUAUGUUUACAGGUAGUAGUUCAGCUUUAAAAUGAGUCCAACCCAAUUGCCAAGAAGUAACCCAGUAGGAUAUUGUAUAUUUUUGAAGAAAAAUGUUGACAUUCCUUUUAUUAGUAGUAUAUAGUAUCCAUCUGCAGUCAGUAUUUUUGUUUUAAAUAUGUCAGUACGAUCUAAUAAAAUGCCUGGUUCCUUCGAGAUCAACAGAAUCGUGAUUAGACAUUGCAGAGGAAAUGUGCAUUGGAUCAAGUAAUGAGGUGAUAUGAUUUAUUUUUUAUAAGUGAAAAAAAUUAUCACUUACCAGCAGUUGAGGUUUCUCAAGUGGCUUAUAAUUGAGAUGAUCAGCUACAAAAUUGGCACAGCCCUCCCAUGUUCUGAACUCUGGAAG